AUGAGCAAUGACACUUGGGGAAAGCAAGAGCGAUGGGUAGCUAAGCACACUACGAGUACUCAUAAGAGAUACCGAGACACAGGCAACCACACCGGCGAUGGUGAGAUGCUCUGUGUCAGGAAGGGAAGGCGCGCCGGACUGGACCAGUUUGGGACUACGAGGAAGGAGGAGGGACAGGGCAUGGCUCGAGAAAAGGCAGGAGCGACCACAGCGAGCACAAACGCAACAUUCAAAUAG